AUGUAAUAUGAGGAGGCUUUGGAAAUUUAUAAUUUUCUCCUUUAGGAUGAUCUUCAAAAUUCUGAUAUUUUAUAUGAAAAAGCUUGUACAUUUAUGGAGAAGAAAGAAUAUGAUGAGGCUCAUAAAAUAUUUGAUUAAGUUUUGGCGUUACAACCUAACAAUCUAGAUGCAUAAGUUAAAUAAGGUAAAGAUUAAAUAAACUUUUUAGGAGAUAUUCUAUUAGUACUAGGUUUGUUCGAUGAUUCGCUAGAGAUCUAUGAUAAAGUUCUUUCAAUAUAACCAAACCACUUUUUUGCUCUUUGGGGAAAAAGUGAGUCUUUAAGAGGUAUGUAGAAAUAUAAUGAAUCUUUAAUUUGUUAUGAUACAGUGUUAAAAUAAAGAUCAAUGUAUCCAUAUGCCUAUCAUUAUAAGGGACUUGCUUUAUAGUAAUUGAAUAGAGAUGAGGAGGCAAUAAAUAAUUUCAUAUCAGCUCUAUCAAUACAUCCGGAGCUUAAAUAAUCCAAAGAGGCUCUACAAAUUUCAUAAUUGAAGCUAGCAGAACGAAAAUGA